CUCCUCCAUCGUCGCUCCCCACUUUUAGUUCAGUUGCGAGAGAAGGAGAUAGAGAACAGUACACAACAAGUUUAUCACACAGAGAAAAGGCAAUUCUGUUAGCUCCCUCCAAGUCCUCACAGAGAGGGAGAGAGAGAGAUUCUCUCUGUGCUCUCUUUGCUCAGAAUCACACUUUCUCAUUUGUUGAAGAUCGCCAUGGAUGGUGCCAGUGGAAUGGCAGCUACCCUGUUGAUAGUUCUUGCGUUAACCCUUCUCUUGUGUUCUCUCUUGAUUGGUGCCAAGAAGAAGGGGAAAGCAACCUACCAACCUCCCUCUUACCCCGUCCUGGGAUGUCUCAUCUCCUUCUACAGCAACCGCUACCGCCUGCUCGAUUGGUACACCGACCUGCUCUCUCGCUCUCCGACUCGCACCAUUGUCAUAGACCGACUCGGCUCCGUACCAGUCAUAGUCACAGCCAACCCGGCCAACGUCGAGUACGUUCUGAAGACCCGGUUCGAUAACUACCCCAAGGGGAAGCCCUUCACCGACAUCCUCGGCGACCUCCUCGGCCGAGGGAUCUUCAACUCCGACGGCAACCUCUGGUACCGGCAGCGGAAGGCGGCGAGUCUCGAGUUCACGACUCGGUCCCUCCGAGACUACGCGCUCAGAACCGUGAAAGACGAGGCCAGCCAAAGGCUGCUGCCCCUUCUCCGGUCAGCGUGCGCUGAGAAGAGAAGCAUCGACCUGCAGGAGAUACUGAACCGGUUCACCUUCGACACAGUCUGCAAGGUCUCGUUCGGCAUGGACCCGGAGUGCCUUCUUCCGUCCAUGCCGACGUGCCUCUUGGCUCGUGAAUUCGACGUGGCUGCCGGCAUAAGCGCCAUGAGGGCCGCUUCCCCGCUGCCAUUGACGUGGAAGGUGAAGCGGGCACUGCAAAUCGGAUCGGAGAAACGGUUGAGGGAAGCUAUUCACGUGGUUCACAGCUCUGUCAUGGAGAUAAUCCGGAAGAAGAAGGAAGCUGGAGGCGGCGACGACCUUCUGUCGCGGUUCGUGUCGAUGACGGGCGGCGACAAGGAAGAAGACGAAGCAUUGGUUAGGGACAUGGUCAUAAGCUUUUUAAUGGCGGGCAAGGACACCACCUCUGCGGCACUCACUUGGUUCUUCUGGCUCGUCGCACGUCAUCCCGAGGUGCAGGACGAUGUGGUAAAGGAAGUCCGAGCUAAGGCGAAUGCUGGACUCGAUUUCGAAGCCCUGAAGGAAAUGAAAUUCCUGAAAGCUUGUCUAUGCGAGAGCAUGAGACUGUACCCACCGGUGGCCUGGGAUUCGAAACACGCGGAAAAUGAUGACAUCCUUCCUGAUGGAACGUUUGUGAGAAAGGGAAGCAGGGUAACCUUUUUCCCAUAUGGAAUGGGAAGAAUGGAGGAUUUGUGGGGAAAGGAUUGCUUGGAGUUCAGGCCUCAGAGGUGGCUGACGACCACCCCCCCAGAUGGGAAAGUAGAGGAAGAACUGGUUUCCGCGUACAAGUUUCCGAUCUUCCAAGCUGGGCCGAGACAGUGCCUUGGGAAAGACAUGGCUUUCAUGGAGAUGAGGUACGUUGCUGCGUUCGUGUUGAGCCGGUUCGUGCUCAAACCGGUCGAGUCGCACCAGCCCCGGUUCGUCCCGUUCCUGACCUCUCGCAUGGCGGGCGGAUUCCCCGUGUUAUUUGAGGAGAGGCAGGCGGCUGCUUUGAUUAGCUAACCUCAUGCCCCUCUUUUUUUCUUUCUUAAUUAUAAAUUUAUUAUUAAAAAUAUGUGCAUCUGUCACAUUGUUGAAUGAUUAGAGCGUUACUUAUAAAUUGAAGAAAAGAUAAUGAUGCAUUGCG